AUGGGCGCUUCUCCGAGCGCCGGCCGUUCCCCUCCUUCGCUCGGCGCCUCCGCCGUUGCCGCCGUCCGCGCGAGUGUUGUGCCGGUCUGCUUAAUUGCGCCUCCUCUUUCCUUCCUGCCUUCCUUCUCACCCCGCCCCCUCGCGCUGCGCCGAAGAGGGGCGGAGUUUCUGCGGAGCGCGACGGUGGCCCCGCGCCCGCAGCGUGUCUUCCGGCGUUGCCCGCGCUAUGGCCGCGGCGAUGUGCGGCUGCCCCCGGGACGCACUUCUGUGGGAGCACGGCCGCCGCACUGCGGGCGACUCGGCUGCUGCUCUGCGGCCCUGGCGGGUGCGCGGGCGCUCCCGGCUGUUGCGGCGGCGGCCUGUCGCCGCGAUGGCGCCUUUCGCUGUCGCGUGGGUGCGCUUCACUCCCGGAACAACGCGGCCGCGCGGCAGCGCUGCCUUCCCUCCUGUGGGCAACGGUGCUUGUGCGGGGGUGCCUGUUUCUAUUGGUGUUCUGUGGCCCGCCUCUCCGCGGGGGGUUGUCGGCGGGCGGCGGAGUUGCCCAAGCUCUCGCUGGUGGUGGUCGGCGCGUCUGGUGGGCGGGGCGCGCCGCCGUCUCUUCCUUUUCCUGUUGCCUCGUUGCUCCGCUGCCCGCGUGUCUGCCGCUGCGGUGCUCAGCAGUUUUUUGCGCCUUCCGCGAGCAGCUGCUGCGGCGCGUUCCCUACUUUUUGGGUGUUGUUGCUUGGGUUGCUGCAGUAUUAUCCUGCUUUCUUUCUUUCUGUGUUUUUUUUCUUACCUCUUGCGGGCAGUUCUAUAAAGUUGUCGCCAAUUUUCCUUGAAGUUCUCACGAACGUGGCUGGGUGCUCUGUGCUUCUGCUGCUGCUGCUGCUGUGGAUGACUGCAAAUAGGCCCGCUAGACUUCUCGUCCCCGCGCGAUGCCCCAAUUUCGCGGCCGUCUCCGGGGAAUUCUUUCUUUUGUUUCUUGCCUUACACGCUCCACUGAGCGUCGUAGCAGCGGGGUAUGUUUCUGCGACUGUUCCUGCGCAGGAUGUGUUUCGCGUCGAGUUCUCCGGCUCUGAGUGGCCGUACGUGUAUGAGACGCUGCUGCAGCACAGCAGCGCCCCGGCUGGGCAGAGGACGGUCUCCACGCUGAUUAAUCCGGUCGCUGCGGCGGUGGCGGAUCUGCUGAUGGCCUCCUUGUCGGCACCGCCUGGUGUGACGGGAUUGAGCGUGCGUGGCUGCCACUUUGGCCCAGGGGAGGGCCUCGCGGUCGUCUACGCCGUGACGCGGUUUGAGGGCGGCGGGGAGUUGACAGAUGAUGAAAUCAGCGCCCUUGUGCGCCGCGCCGACACAUCCUACCUGCAGUCGCUCUACUGGCAAAACGGCGGUCGUGCGACGGAGGCCAUCGUCGUGAGGGAGGCCGCCCCUGAUACGCCGAGGGAGAAGUGCGACCUUGGCUGCCGGUACGCAGUGGGCAUCGCUCUUCCUGUUCUGUGCUGCGCGGUGAUGUGCAUUCCAAUAUUCAUCUCGCUGGUGUCCCCGCGACGCACCAGCCUCAAGCUGGACCCGCCGCCGCCGCCGCCCGCGUGUGCGCAGGUGUGCUGCUCCCGCCACGCGGCGACGCUCACGUCGUCGUACAGGCUUUCCGGCGCGGCGGCGCCCUCGGAGCCCGACGAUGGGCCCGUCGCCUCGGCGGCGGAUGCGAUGGAGGGGUACCCCGCCGGCUACCGGGUGCCGGAGGAGGCGGCGGAGACCGACGACGCGUACUACACCCGCGUCGCCCAGCAGGCGUUUGAGGCGGAGCGCAAGCGCCGCGAGGACGAGAAUCGCUGGCGGCGGGCGAAUGGCCUUCCGCUGCUGACAGAGCUACGGGAGUCGGCGAAGAAGCCGCGGGUGCUGGUGGUGGAGGAUCGCCAGGAAACCGUGCAAAGCACACUCAUGGACCUCGACCCGGAGGAGCGGGCAAAGCUGGAGCACGCGCCGCCGCAGGAGACGGAGGAGGAGGAGGAGCAGCAGCAGCAGGAGGUGUCCCCGGCGUUGGAUGCACCGCAGCGGGGCGGCGUGGCCGACGACGCCGUGGCGCCGCAGGGCGCUCAGGGCUUCUACGCAACCGCCUCCUCCCUCGACCCGUACCGACCGAACCGGAAACCGUUUGUUCCCUCGUCAACGGUGGCGUCGGCGCGUGUCGUGGAGGUGCGGCACGACCCGCCGCAUUCCCCGUCGCUUCUCUCCGUGCCGGCGCCCCUCACAGGUGGCAGCGCCGGGCAAGACGCGCCGGCAACUUCUCCCCACACGCCUCCGCCCACCGCACUACCACCAGGGGAGCCUGAAGCCGGCACAACCCCCCUGUCCGUCGUGGAGCGUCGGAAAAUGCCGCUGCGCGACACCGGCCUCAUUGGCGGAGAGAUUCUUGCACGGGCCCCCUCGGCCGCCGAGGCGCGUGGGUCAAAAGGCAGUUCAGGCUCAAGUCUGCGGUGGCCCCUGUCUAAAGAAAGCCGCAGCGGCACUCCGGACUCUAACGCAAAGUAG